AUGUGGCCGGAUUCGGCUUAUCCGAAUCUCUACUGGUUCAGCUACAUGACAUCGGUAGCAAUAGUGCAAUAUUAUCAGUACGCGUACAUACUCACGCACUUCGACUUAAACAAUCUUUGGCUACUCAUGGACUGCCUCAGUCUUACCCUGGCGUAUAGCCUCGCUUUUCUCAAGCUCAUUGUUUUGUGGUGGAAUCGUCGCAAAUCACCGAUUUUCGAGUGUUUUUUAAUUGGACAAUUUCUUUACGAUAUGGUGAUAGCUUUUGUGGUUGGUUUGAUAAAUGCAUUACUUGUUGCAUUGGUACUUCAUGUGAGUGGUCAGAUUGAUAUUAUGCAACAAGAUUUAAUUGAAAUUUCUAACGGGAAAUACGAUCACAAUAUAUUUCUAUCUGUUAUUAAAGAUCUUAUUUGCAAGCAUCAAAAAAUUAUCACUUUAUCGGAAAAUAUUGAGAAUCUGUACACUAACAUUGCGCUGAUACAAGUUCUGUGGAAUACGUUGGUUAUGUGUUGCACUGGUUUUGUGAUUGUAAUUGUUCUUAGUAACGGCAAAGAUACAACAAAUUUAAUCAAGUCUGUGAGCUAUUAUACUGUAAUAAUUCUAGAGGUUUUCGUAUAUUGCUUUGCAGGAGAGUUUUUAAGUGCCAAAAGUAACUCUAUUGGCGAUGCAGUGUAUAAGUCACUUUGGUAUAAUAUGUCACCAAGCGACAGUCGUAUUAUACUGUUUAUGAUUUUAAGAUGUCAAAAGCGAUUGACAAUAACUGCAGGAAGAGUUAUUGAUUUAACUUUAGAAGGAUUUACAAAUAUUAUGAAGGCAACUGUCUCCUAUAUAUCAGUAUUAAAUGCGAUGUAUUAA